UGGUUGGUGGAAGAGGAUGGCCUGGUUUGACUGACAGACAAACCAUGGUUUCUUGAUAACAUACUGUGUGUGACAGGCAGCAAGUUACCCACAGUAAUAAGUGGAUCAAGUUCCUUUGACAAGCUGCCCUGUCAAGCAUAAUUAUGCAUGUCCCCCAGGCACAUGCAGCAUUGUUAACAAGGUAAGGUACUGUGACUUGUUAACUGCCUGCCAAUAAUGCAAACCCAGUCUGUGUGUCUUUAUGAUAAGAAACAGGGAAAGUACUUGUAGUAGCAUGUCCAGCUGUGGUCUCUGAAGCUUGUGUAGGAGGAACAGAUCUUGUCCAAACCUCUUGAGAAUUUUUUAAAUAGAUGCAUCAGGACUGAAAUGUGCAGAAACUUACAGGAAAUCACUCUGAAAUACCUGUCAUUUUUUAAAUGUAGAAUCAAGUUGGGCUUUUAAAACGUGAAAGGUAUUUCUGUGACUGAAAAUCUGUUUCAUUUGUAAUUCUAAACAUACUCCAUCAGUGGAACUAAUUCAGACAUGAUGCUUUUAUUCCUUUGGUUUUUAACCCUAGAAGAAUAUGUAGCUAUAGAUAGGGGAAAGAGAAAGAGAGUGAGCGAGAGAGAGAUGCUUUGGCCUGGCUAUCAGGGAUGUUGUACUGAAAAGAAAAAAAAUGUUUUCAUGCUUGACUAAACACCUUUGUCAGUCCAGAAAAGGAUCAGGCUUUUGCAUGCAGAGCCCAUUCAACUGAAAGUAGGCAUCUUCUAAUUUGUGUGGUUUCAUGGGAGGUGGGGACACUUAUGCAUGACUAGAAUUGGAUAAGGACUCUUCACUGAAGUUCGUGCAUUACUAGUUGAUAGUCUAUUGUCCCUGCCUAAUUAACUAAAGGUCAAUUCAGAGAUUAUCUGCAUCCCCCCCCCCCAAAUCCUGGAUUUACCAUAGUCACUGCCUGAGCUAGUGUAGGAUAUCUCAGUGUUCCUGAUGCUACACUGUGAAGAGUCAGUGGGACUCACUGCCUCCCACCAGCCUCACAAAGGGUUAAAUUUAGUUUCCUGGCCAGGACCAUCUGGCAUGCUCUCAACCCAGCCCAAUUGACAGGGCAAAUACAUCAGGCAAAGGAGACACCUCAGGUAAGUGACAUCACAUUCUCUGACUCAAUUGCAGCUUUCUGUCCCAGUCAAAAUGAGCAACACCUGAAGUGGCCAAGAGAGCAAGGAAGAAAAGAAAAGGGAAUUUGGCUAAAAGGAGACGAGAAGAGAGGGCAGGGGAAGAACACGGGCUUGAGGCUACAACAAUGGGCGGAACCCGGGACAUGGAAGGGAGCCACAGAGGAGGGAGAGUGAGAGUGGAGGAGAUGUGGGAAAGAUGGAGCACAGGUAAAGUCAUGAAGCUGAGUCCCAAAGCUGAAGAAGUUGCUACAUUUUUUGCAAAAAUGCUUGAUCAUGAAUACACUACUAAGGAUAUCUUCAGGAAAAACUUCUUCAAAGACUGGAGAAAAGAAAUGACCCCAGAAGAAAAGAGUACUAUCACCAGCCUCAGCAAAUGUGACUUCAGCCAUAUGAGUCAGUAUUUCAAAGCUCAGUCAGAAGCGAGAAAACAAAUGACCAAGGAGGAGAAACAGAAAAUAAAAGAGGAGAAUGAGCAGUUGCUAAAAGAAUAUGGCUUUUGCAUCAUGGAUAACCACAAGGAAAGAAUUGCCAACUUUAAGAUUGAGCCUCCAGGCCUCUUCCGAGGGCGUGGCAACCAUCCAAAAAUGGGCAUGCUGAAGAGACGGAUAAUGCCAGAAGACAUCAUCAUCAAUUGUAGCAAAGAUUCCAAGAUCCCAGCACCUCCACCUGGACAUAAAUGGAAAGAAGUCCGACAUGAUAAUAAAGUGACUUGGUUGGUGUCAUGGACAGAAAACAUCCAAGGAUCUAUUAAAUACAUCAUGUUGAAUCCCAGCUCUAGAAUCAAGGGUGAAAAGGACUGGCAGAAAUAUGAGACAGCUCGGAGAUUGAAGAAAUGUGUAGAUAGGAUUCGAAAUCAAUAUCGAGAAGACUGGAAGUCCAAAGAGAUGAAAGUACGGCAGAGGGCUGUUGCAUUGUACUUCAUUGACAAACUUGCUCUGAGAGCUGGUAAUGAGAAAGAGGAAGGGGAGACAGCUGAUACAGUGGGCUGCUGCUCUCUCCGUGUGGAGCAUAUUAAUUUGCAUCCAGAAUUGGAUGGCCAGGAAUACGUAGUAGAAUUUGACUUCCUUGGAAAAGACUCCAUACGAUAUUAUAACAAAGUCCCUGUUGAGAAGAGGGUUUUUAAAAAUCUGCAGUUAUUCAUGGAGAACAAACAGCCUGAAGAUGACCUCUUUGACCGACUCAAUACUAGUAUCUUAAAUAAACAUCUUCAAGACCUUAUGGAAGGCCUGACAGCCAAGGUAUUCCGAACAUAUAAUGCCUCCAUUACGCUACAGCAGCAGCUGAAGGAGCUCACAACACCGGAUGAUAAUGUCCCAGCAAAGAUCCUGUCUUACAAUCGUGCCAAUAGAGCUGUCGCUAUUCUCUGCAACCACCAGAGGGCACCUCCAAAGACCUUUGAGAAAUCCAUGAUGAAUUUACAGAGCAAGAUUGAUGCCAAGAAGGAACAGCUGGCUGAUGCCAAGAGGGAACUGAAAAGCGCCAAAGCUGAUGCCAAGGUCCGAAGGGACGAGAAGUCUAAAAAGACUGUGGAAAGUAAAAAGAAAGCAGUACAAAGAGUUGAGGAGCAGCUGAUGAAGUUGGAGGUCCUGGCUACAGACAGAGAGGAAAAUAAGCAAAUUGCCUUGGGGACCUCCAAACUAAAUUACCUGGACCCUAGGAUUUCUGUUGCCUGGUGCAAGAAAUUUGGAAUACCUAUAGAGAAGAUAUAUAACAAAACACAACGGGAAAAAUUUGCCUGGGCAAUCGACAUGGCAGAUGAAGACUAUGAGUUUUAACCUGAUUUAAUGGGCUGGAUUUUAUGGAAGAGAAGGGGAGUAGCCUGAUUUUAGGGAGAUUGAUAAACUGUGAGCCUUACUUGUCCUUUAUAUUUGGGGGGGAGGGGGGCAUUGGGAGGGCAAAGCGAGUGUCUAAUAAAAUACCCAUCAUCUUUGAGAAAAGAUAAUGCCUGGAAAUAUUACAUAAGAGCUGAGCCAGUUGUCCUAUGGACAACUUAUUUAAAUCUGUUUCAGAGACCCAAAUUCUAGCUGUAUGGUUUGUGUUUUAUCUCUGGAGGGAAGACAAGUGGAUGGGGGAAUUUGUUAACCUUCUGCCAGGCAAAUUCACCGUUACACUGAAGAGCUUGGAAAUCAUUAGCUACUGUAUACAAAAUCCAAUGAGAUAUUGGUGUGUUUUUACAGUUAGGGUUUUUGCAAUAACUUCUAUAUUUUAAUAGAAAAUGGACUCCUUAAUUUCCUGCCCCCCUCCCCCUCUUAUUAAUUUAACACAAUGGAAUAAAGCCCUCAGUACACUGGCUCUGGCCACAAUGGUCAUCGUGAAAACACCUGGUAGUUUUCAUUUUUACUUGCCACCAUCAUGGUAUUGAAAACUAUAACAACUCAACAUCUCUUCAAAGCAAAGCAUGAUGGGAAGAUCCUUCCUGACUUGAGUGUUUUUUUUCCUUUUUUGUUAAUGUGAAUUUUUACUAUUUUUAAUUAUUUUUAAAUAUUUAAGCUUUGUUUUCUUCUUGAUCUUAAAGAUCAUGUAGAUUUGCAGAGAGUAGGAAGGAAGGGGCUAGGGGAGAGCUAAUGGAUUAUGAGUACAAAUAAAUUGAUGACAAAAUGUUUUCCCAUCAUACUUUGUUCUGAGUACAUAAUAUAUAUAUAUAUGUAUAGAUAUAUAUAUAUCAGAAAUAUCCACAUUUGUGGGUUUUGUUUUGCUUUUUCUGGCAGGUUUUUUUUCUCUCCCCUUUUAAAAAACCCUCCUCCCUCUCCUCUUUUACUUGAAAGAUUUUAUUGUGUAAAAACAACUUUCACAGGUCAAUUAAAUUUUGAGGGAAGUGAGCUUUGGUCCAAAAAAAAAAAAAAGGAAAAAUAAUCAAGAUUUUAGGGCUUUUAUUUUUUCUUUUGUAAUUGUGUACAAAAAAAAUUAAAAAAAAAUUAAAGCAGAAUUUUAAUGUGAACCCUUUUUUGCUAUAAUCCAUUAGUUUUAGAGGCAUUGUUAGCUUAGUGUGGUGCAAAGACAAGUUUCCCGCAGUUUUUCCUCAACCAAGUAUCUUCUAUUUUUAUCAUGAAUUCCCUUUUAAUCAACUGUAGGUUAUUUAAAAUAAAUUCCUACAACUUAACGCAA